AUGGCCCGUGGCCCUUGGGACUUCCGCGGCUGGCGCGCUGGUCCAAGUGGCCUGCCACAAGGACCGAGCGCCAGCCGCCUUGCUGGCCAUUGCCUCCCCGGGAUGGGACCCCGGCUGCGUGGACCCAGCAGGUCGGCGGGUUUUCUCUUCGGGGCCGGGGCGGGGCCACAGAGGGCGCCAUCCUUUCAGCUCCAUCUGAGUUCUCUUCCAACCUGGCUGCUACUGGCUGGGACGACUCUGCUGGCGAUCGGCUUUCCGCUGGUCAUGGCAGCCCUGUGUGGGACCAAAGCGAGACGAGCGACCAUGGGUGGAAAGGGUGGUGGGCUACGGGCGGCCUAUGGCAUUGCCAGGCGUACCAUCUUGGAUUCCAAGAAUCGGGCCAAAUCAGCUGGCUUUAUGGUUUUGCUCUUCUCUGCCCUGGCCUUUGCGAAUGUGGCCGCCGUCGCGCAAUCCUUCGCCCAGCGGGACUACAUGACCGCCCUGGCCAGCAGGGAUAGCGUGGCCUUUUUUAGCAAGCUCCGCCGCGCCGUUUUCCUGCUGGUGCUGAUGAUGCCAGCGCGCUCCCUGGCGGAGUUUGCGGCUGGCGGCUUAUCUCAGAUUUGGAGAGAUACCUUGACCCUCUCUCUUCUGAACGAUUAUUUUCAUCCAAAGGUGGUCUACUGGCUGCGGCGCGGCGGCAAUGUGGUGGACCCCGACAUGCGCAUCGCGGUGGAAGCGGGGCACUUCACGGAGAUGUUGGUCCUUCUGGUCCGUGACACCUUCGAAAAUUCCUUGAAGUUGAUGGGUUUCCUGGGAGUGGUCUACAGUAUCUCCCAUGUUCUCUUCAUCGUCAUGGCCGCCUAUGCUUUCCUGGGCGCCUUCGCAACAGUGACCUUGUUCGGGGGUCCACUGGUGCAGCUGGACCGAAACAUCCGCUCACAGGAGGCAACCUUCCGCAAGUCUAUCUCCAGGUGCUUGGAGCGAGCCGAACCCCUGUGCCUCUGCGCCGGGGAAGCGUCGGAGGGGAUGGAAGCGCGGGGGCGCUAUGAAAGGCUGCGGCGGCAGCAAUGGGCUCGCGUCUGGGGACGGACCAGCCUAGGGACCUUUCGCGAAUGCUUCGGCUGGGCGGCAUAUCUUCUGCCGGUCGCCAUUGUAGCACCGUUAUGGCUGCAGGACAAAGUGCCUUUUGGAACUGUGGCGCAGGCGGUCAUGGCGUUCCACAUCUCCCUGGACGCCCUGACGGUGGUGGUGCGCAAGUUCCGCAGCGUCUCAGCGCUGAUGGCGGAAGGCAGUCGCUUGGAGGGCCUGGUGCAGGCCUUGUCCACUUCGAUGGCUGCGGCACAACGGCCGCAGCCACUGCCCGAAGAAGUGCCGGGGCCGGAAGUUCAAGCUGCGGGGGUGGCCCUGCAUUUGCCCAACGGCUCCCAGCUCUAUGAGGAUUUGUCUUUUCAGAUCAAGGACGGGCAACGCCUCAUAAUCCUGGGGCCUUCGGGAGCUGGAAAAACUACCCUGAUUCGAGCACUUGCAGGACUCUGGUCAGACGGAGAUGGUGAUCUGCGAGUUUCAAGCUCCACGGUCUUCUUGCCCCAGGACCCUUACAUCCCGGAGGGCUCUUUGAGGCGCGUGCUCACCUUUCCGGAGGUGCACUUCUCGGAUCAGCAGAUCCUGGCGUGCGCGGAGCGCGCGCGUCUGCAGGAGGUGUUGCAGCGCUUCGGCCAGAGCCUAGAGGCGGAAGCCGACUGGGAAACAGUGCUGAGCCGCGGUGAGAAGCAGCGCUGCGCCUUCUGUCGCUUGCUCCUGCUGCGGCCCCGCGUGGCCGUGUUGGACGAAGCCACCUCGUCUCUGGACGAAGCUACCGAAGGGGCGCUUUACCAGGAGCUGGAUGCCCAGCAGGGCCCUGUGAGCGUAGUGUCCAUUAGCCAUCGUCCAGCACUUUCGCGAUUUCACACCCACAUCCUCCGCUACCAGGAGAAACUGAACUCCCCUGGCGGUUCAGUGGAAAACCCGAGUGCCGGCCCAUCCCAAGGGGGUGUCUGGACGUUUGAAGCCUUGGGCGAUGGGCAAAGGCCCCAUCCAGUUGCGAAAAAACUGGGGCGGCGGCAACUUUGGAUGCGCAGCUGCUGUAGUUUUGAGAUUUAUCGAAGGCGGCUCCAAUGUGGUCAGCUGAAGCAUGACUCAAAUCAGUUCUACUGUAGACUGUACAAUCUGUACAUUGUUCACCGCUCGCUGACCUGGGUUCUCGUCUGGCAGGGGUCGCCGUCCUUGAGAGAACAGGCCGAAGGUGGCUUUCAGGUGAGGAAUUGCGACGGGGAUCUGUUCUCUGGCCACGGUGAGCACCGCAAAUUCCCAUAG